GAACAAUAAGCCCGCCAAAUCCACACACAACAGAGAGACAGGACACAUCAUGCUCUUCUCUCUCUCCCCUCCUAUGGCCGCUAAUCUCUGCGGUUGGACCCUUCAGUCUCCAUCUCUCUAUAACUUUAGACGACCAACGGUCAGAUCUUCCUUCAUACGGUCUUCGUCUUCAUCAUCCUCAUCUUCCAAUGGCAAUCUUCCCAUUAAAGAAUCCUUCUCUGGGGAGUCUGAAGCAGAUGUUGUGGUUAUUGGAAGUGGUAUAGGGGGAUUAUGUUGUGGUGCAUUGUUAGCUAGAUAUGGUCAGGAUGUGCUUGUAUUGGAGAGUCAUGACCAGCCCGGUGGCGCGGCUCAUUCCUUUGAGAUCAAAGGGUACAAGUUUGACUCAGGCCCUUCUCUAUUUUCUGGUUUGCAGUCUCGAGGUCCUCAAGCUAAUCCACUUGCUCAAGUUCUUGAUGCUUUAGGGGAAUCACUUCCAUGUAGCAAAUAUGAUUCUUGGAUGGUCUACUUACCAGAAGGGGACUUCUUGUCACGCAUAGGCCCUACGGAUUUUUUUAAGGAUUUAGAGACAUAUGCCGGUCCAAGCGCAGUCCAGGAGUGGGAAAAGCUUCUUGGAGCAAUACUCCCUCUGUCUUCUGCUGCAAUGGCGUUACCACCGUUGUCUAUUCGCGGGGAUCUUGGUGUUCUCUCCACUGCUGCUGCUAGAUAUGCUCCUUCCCUUUUAAAAUCUUUCAUCGCAAUGGGUCCUAAAGGGGCAUUGGGCGCCACAAAGCUUCUCCGCCCUUUCUCGGAGAUCGUUGAUUCUUUGGGGUUGAAAGACCCUUUUAUACGAAACUGGAUUGAUCUUCUCGCAUUCCUUCUCGCAGGGGUCAAAUCUGAUGGCAUACUCUCAGCCGAGAUGAUCUACAUGUUUGCGGAAUGGUACAAGCCAGGUUGCACAUUGGAGUACCCAAUUGAUGGAAGUGGUGCAGUUGUUGAAGCUCUUGUCCGUGGCUUAGAGAAGUUUGGGGGACGUCUCUCUCUUAAAAGCCAUCUCGAGAAUAUUGUCAUCGAGAAUGGUAAAGCUGUUGGAGUCAAGCUAAAGAAUGGCCAAUUCAUUCGAGCUAGAAAAGCGGUGGUUAGCAAUGCGUCGAUGUGGGACACGUUAAAGCUCUUACCUCCAGGAGCUCUCCCAGAUUCAUACGUUAAAGGUGUGAACACGACGCCCCAAUGUGAAUCAUUCAUGCAUCUUCACUUGGGAUUCGACGCAGAGGGAAUAGCAGAUGAUCUUGAGAUUCAUCACAUUGUUGUGAAUGACUGGGACCGCGGUGUGGAUGCUGACCAGAAUGUGGUUCUGAUAUCAGUCCCUAGUGUUCUUAGCCCGAACCUUGCGCCACCAGGAAAACAUGUUUUGCAUGCUUACUGUCCUGGAACCGAACCUUUCAGUCUCUGGGAAGGUCUUGACAGGAGAAGUGCCGAGUACAAGAAUCUCAAAUCCCAACGGUCUGAGGUGAUGUGGAGAGCAGUGGAGCGGGCAUUAGGGCCCGGGUUCAAGAGAGAAAAGUGCGAGGUGAGUUUGGUUGGAACACCAUUAACGCAUCAGAGGUUUCUAAGGAGGAAUAGAGGAACGUAUGGGCCUGCCAUAGAGGCUGGGAAAGGUACGUUUCCUGGCCAUUCCACUCCUAUUCCGCAGCUUUUGUGCUGCGGUGACUCGACCUUUCCCGGGAUUGGAGUUCCUGCAGUGGCAGCUAGUGGCGCCAUUGUGGCGAAUUCCCUUGUUCCUGUUUCUAAGCAUUCUGAGCUUCUUGAUGCUAUUGGCUUGUAGAAAGUUAUGCUAUUGAUUACCAUAUAUGUAUGUUUCGUCUAGUAACAUGUUUUCAUACUAUACUACCGAAGCUAGCAGUUUCGCGAUAGCAUUAGUGGAUUAUUUACCGUAAUGAUUGUUAGUGGGAUAUGAUAUCCCGGAUAUCUAAACAUAUUUAUAUCUUUCGAAUCUA